AUGGCUAAUAAUGCUGUCGGAGUUGCCUUGUUGGGCUCCACGGGCUUGGUGGGAUCCUACAUCUUGACCAACCUCCUCGCUCACGCAUCCGUCGCACGAGUCGAUACCGUAUCUCGAAGGACGCCGACUUCCGCCGGCUCGUCGCCACAAGUGAAACUAACUACCUUUGUUGAACCAGAGUCGUCGCGCUGGGCAAGCCAAAUCUCUCAACUUUCCCCUCCGCCAUCCCUUUAUAUAUCUGCACUGGGCACGACGCGCGCGUUGGCAGGGGGGCUGGCCAACCAAUACAAGCUGGAUCUUGAUCUCAACAUCGAGUGUGCCAAAGCAGCCCGUGAUGCCGGCGCCAAGGUCUUUGUCCUUGUUUCUAGCUCAGGCGCCAAUCCUACUUCAUAUAUACCUUACUCCAAGUUGAAAGGCGAGUGCGAAGAGGCAGCCAAGGAGCUGGGCUUUGAGCGCACGGUUAUUGUCCGUCCAGGCGUGAUCGUUGGUCAGCGUGAAGGCAGUCGACCCGCUGAAGCUGUUUUACGCUUUGUUGCUGGCUCAUUUGGCAAGUUACACGCCUCACUGAAAGACCCAUGGGCGCAGGACGCCGAUGUUAUUGCCAAGGCUUGCGUGAACUCUGGCCUCAAGGCUCUGGCCGGAGACGUGCCUGCAGGGAGUGAGAAAGUCUGGCUUCUAGAGCAAGCUGAUGUUGUUCGUCUUGGACGCACUGAGUGGAAGUGA